UUGCAGGUUCUCACAUCUCUCGAGCGUCUAGAUUACGUACCGUUUGCCCUUCUGCCCGGAGUUAGCGAGGGAGAACUUCGUUGCCUGCAUCUGUGGCUACACCACGACAACAUCCUCAAGCAUUGUCGUCCCAAUGGUUUCCCAUGCUUUGAACAAUCUCAUUGGAGGGAUCUCAUCGAGCUGCAGCAGCCAAUCUUGGAAGGCAUUGAAUUAGUCUAUAACUUGGGAGUGUCGGAGCUAAACUAUACACUGAAGCUAUCCCCCUCUCCCAGGAAAUGCACAGUCUUGUUGCUGCUUGAUGACAAUGUCGUCUUGUUCAGACUCACCGUGUUCUGCAAUGUAAAGCUGUUGAUAACUUCUAGGGCUAAAGGGGGAUUGUUCUUGUCUCCUUGUACUUGCCCUCAUGCCAAUGGGGAUGAUCUCAUGAAUCAAUUAAGCCGGACGCCUUCUCAAAAUGAUUCUCGAGCUUAA